UGGUUCGCGUGAAUUGCACGUGGGUUUCGCCUUGAUAAUGGCGGGCGCUGGGGAAGAUGCGCGAGCGCUUUUCCAAGCUGGGGUUCGCGUGGCGCUGGAGGCCUGGCCCGCUUUGCAGAUCGCCGUGGAGAAUGGUUUCGGGGGCGUGCACAGCCAGGAGAAGGCCGAGUGGCUGGGGAGUGCAGUGGAGGAGUACUUCAUCCGCAAUGCUGACUUGGAGCUAGAUGAGGUAGAAGACUUCCUUGGGGAGCUGAUGACCAAUGAGUUUGAUACCGUUGUGGAAGAUGGGAGUCUGCCCCAGGUGAGCCAGCAGCUACAGACCAUGUUCCACCACUUCCAGAGGGGUGAUGGGGCUGCUCUGAAGGAGAUGGCCUCCCACAUCACCCAGAGAAAGUGCAAAGUCACAGCCACUGCACUUAAGACAGCCAGAGAGACCGAUGAGGAAGAAGAUGGUGCAGACAGUGUGGAAGAGAUGGAGGUGAAGGGGAUGGCCCUUGGGUCACAGCUACGAAUGAUGUGGCUGCUGUGCAGCCUGAAACUUCGGAUCCAAACUCUCAGACUAUUAAGGAAGAGGAUAUAGUAGAAGAUGGCUGGACCAUAGUCCGGAGAAAGAAAUGAGUGGGGCUGGAAAUGGUUUGGGCCCUUGUGGACUGGCGUUCUAAGACUUAUUUUUAGGGGCUUUUUUGGAGGGCUGUAGACGCCUGGACUGGUUACCCUACCCCGAUCUCCUCUCUUGUUCUCCUGUUUAGCUCCCUCCGGGUGAGGAAAAGCCCUACAGUCUUGGUUGGAGGGGUGAUAGGACCUGUCCACCACACCCUCUAGGCUGUUAGUUACCAUAGGUUUCCCAGUUCAGUGCCUGUUGGGUGUAGUCAGUGUGAAGAGGAGGGGACGAGUGAGUAUGGUGUGGCUGGAGGAGGAGCUAGACUGCUAGACAGUGGGUAGGUGGAUUUGUGGAGAGGACCAGCCUGAGGACCAAUACUUGGGCACUAGGGGGCUGGCUGGUUCAGGAAUGGUGAGACAGCAUGAAGACAGAAGAGAACAUGUGAAGAUGUGAGCAAAAGUAGCUGUUCCUACCCCACCACACACACGCAGCAAUUCCUAUCUCUGCCCAGAACUUGGGACCUCCGAGGAACGUUAAGACUAGGCUAGGUGGUGAGGUCGGAAGAGUUCAGCUCUUUGCGGUUUCCUCCAACCUCUUUCCUCAUUCUUUCUCCCAUCCCAUUUAAGUCUAGGGAUGAGGCUUACCAUCUUAAUAAAUAAUACCGUCUUGUUUAAUUGUA